CUGAAGCAGCAGUUUACUCGGGUGUCACCCAGGGUGCCAGGAGGAUCAAGAAUUUUGCGAGUGGAAUUUUUCUUUAUACCUACUUUGCACUUCACAGCACUCAGUCUAACUUCCUUUCCCUCUCUUUUUUUGUAAAUAACUGGACAAAAAGAUCUCAGGUGGAUUAUCAGAGUGCUUCUGGAAGAACUAUCAAACUUGCAAGGUCAUCCAUCCUGAUUAAGACAACAUGAAAGAAUACACACUCCUCCUCUUCUUGGCAUUGUGCUCUGCUAAACCUCUCAUUGGUCCUUCAUAUUUUACACUAAAGAAUAUGAUGCUCCAAGAUAUGGAAGAAGAAGAUGAAGAUGAUGACGAUGACAACUCUCUGUUUCCAACCACUGAACCAAUUAUUCCUCUAAUCCCUUUUGAUCUAUUCCCAACGUGCCCCUUCGGAUGCCAGUGUUAUGUGAGAGUUGUCCACUGUUCUGAUCUAGGUUUGACAUCCAUACCUCGCAACAUUCCACCAGAUACUCGCAUGAUUGACCUUCAGAACAACAAAAUAAGAGAGGUCAAGGAAAACGAUCUCCAAGGACUCACAACACUUUAUGCACUUGCUUUGAACAACAAUAAGAUAACCAAGAUCCACCCAAAAGCCUUUCAGCCUACCAAGAAGCUGCGACGACUGUAUUUAUCUCAUAACCAGCUAACUGAGAUCCCAACAAACCUACCAAAAACUUUAGCAGAGCUCAGAAUUCAUGCUAAUAAGGUUAAGAAAAUCCCCAAGGAUGCAUUUAAAGGAAUGAAGUCUUUACACGUUCUGGAAAUGAGUGCAAAUCCUCUCAACAAUGAUGGAAUAGAGCCAGGUGCUUUUGAAGGAGUAAAUAUCUACCACAUAAGAAUUGCAGAAGCUAAAUUAACUUCAAUUCCUAAAGAUUUACCCUCCACUCUACUGGAGCUUCACUUAGAUGACAACAAGAUCACAGCAGUCGAACUUGAAGACUUUAACCGGUAUAAAGAUCUUCAAAGGCUUGGUCUUGGGAACAAUAAAAUCAAAGAUGUGGAAAAUGGAAGUUUUGCCAACAUACCAAGUAUACGAGAAAUCCAUCUUGAAAAAAAUAAGCUCAAGAAAGUUCCUCCUGGAUUACCUGAUCUGAAAUACCUGCAGGUGGUCUUCCUUCAUUCGAAUCACAUUGCAAAACUGGGAGUGAACGAUUUUUGUCCAACGGGAAGAAGAAAGAAGAAAGCGUUGUACAGCGGGAUAAGCCUCUUCAAUAACCCUGUGAAGUACUGGGAGGUGCAGCCUUCAACCUUCCGCUGCAUCUUAGCCAGGAACAGCGUGCAGCUUGGAAAUUUCCUCGAGUGAAACCAAAGUCGGGGGUUACAAAAGCAACCCGUCCAAACCAUUUCUACACUACUUGAAAUUUCCUGAAGAUGCCAAUUUUACAGCAUUUAACCAGUUUAUGAAGUAAUUACUAUUUCAGACAAAAUUGAUUAGCAAUGAUAUUGCAGCAGGCGCCAUUGCCUUAUUUGACAAUGUUCAAGCCACAUUUGAAUAAUUUAAGCAGCAAUAUUUAUAUCUCAUGGAAGGACUCUUGGAAUUGAAACUGGAAACUGCACUUGGUGUUUCCUGUAAUAGGUGUUGAAUUCUUUAAUCGCAUAUUUUGCCAUAUUCUUUUUUCAAAAUAAAUUCUAAAACUAAA